AUGAGUUAUCCACCAAAUUUAAUAGAACAAGUUCGCAGAGCUUACUUACUUAAAGAGAUAGCUAGUGUUGUGCUAAAAAAUGCUCCAGACAAUCUCAAACUUACAUCACCAGAUAUUCAGAGAGAUAUUAUAAAUGCAUUUGCUGUUGAGACAACGAAAGCUAUUGUACAUGAUAUGAGAAGUGAAUUUUUCUCCAUAUUAGUUGAUGAGUGUCAAGAUGUAUCUGUCAAAGAGCAAAUGGGUGUUGUGGUGCGAUAUGUGGACAAGAAUGGAUGUGUUAUAGAACGUUUUCUUGGUGUUGUUCAUGUUAGUGAUACAACUGCAACCUCACUUGAGAAAGCACUUGAUUAUUUGUUAUCUACUUAUGAUUUAAGUAUAUCUAGUUUGAGAGGUCAAGGAUAUGAUGGCGCAAGCAACAUGAGAGGAGAAUUCAAUGGGUUGAAGAGUUUGAUACUCAAGAGAAAUUCCAGUGCUUAUUAUGUACAUUGCUUUGCUCAUCAGCUUCAGCUUACGAUUGUUGCUGUUGCUAAAAAACAUAAAAUUGUCGGAUCUUUUUAUAAUUCUAUCUCUCGUUUGUGUAAUACUGUUGGAGGUUCUUGUAAGCGCAGAGAUAUACUUCGGGAGAAACAGAGAGAGAAUAUUAUUAAAGAGAUUGCAAGUGAUGAAAUAAGCACAGGAAGAGGACUAAAUCAAGAAAUGUCAUUGAAGCGACCUGGAGAUACUCGUUGGAGUUCACAUUACGGUACUCUUGUCAACUUGAUACAUUUAUAUUCUUCUAUUGUUGAUGUUCUUGAGUAUGUUGGGGAGAAUGGUCAUGACGAUUCAAUAAGGGCUGAAGCUGAUGAUGUGCUAGAAGUUAUAAAUAGUUUUGAGUUUGUCUUUGUGUUACAUCUUAUGAAGCAAAUCUUGGGAAUCACACAUGAACUCUCCCAAGUGCUACAAAAGAAAGAUCAAGACAUUGUUAAUGCGAUGAAUCUUGUCAAGGUAGCAAAAUCACGUCUGCAAAUAAUGAGGGAAAAAGAUUGGGAUGUAUUGCUUGCUGAUGUUUCUAAGUGUUGUAGCAAAUAUGAACUGGAUGUGCUUGACAUGGAAGAUGAGUUUGUAGCUCGAAAAAAAGGAAGACGUAGAGCUGAGAAAAUGAAGAAUCUCCACUAUUAUCGAGUUGAGCUCUUUUGUUCUGUUAUUGACUUGCAAGCUCAAGAGUUGAAUCAACGUUUUGAUGAAGUCAACACAGACUUAGUUUUAUUCAUGUCAUGUUUUGAUCCUAGGGAUUUAUUUUCUGCAUUUGAUUUGGAGAAGCUGCUUCGUCUUGCACGGUAUUAUCCUUCUGAAUUCUCUGAAGUUGCUUUGUCCGAGCUUAAAAGUCAACUUGAGAACUUUAUUUUCGAUGUGCGCAUAGAUGAAAAGUUUUCACAAAUAUCAGGAAUCAAUGGUCUUGCUCAAAAGAUGGUUUCUACAAGGAAACAUGAAGUUUUUCCAAUGGAUUAUUCAUUAGUUAAGUUGUCAUUGAUCUUACCAGUUGCCACUGCAUCAGUAGAAAGAGCCUUUUCAGCAAUGAAGAUCAUCAAGACUUCUCUACGUAAUAGCAUGGGAGACCAACUAUUGAAUGAUUGCUUAGUUCAUUACAUCGAAAAGGAUGUGUUUGUUAAAGUUACCAAUGAAACUAUUAUGCAGCGUUUAAUUUUGGACCCCUGA